AUGAUGCAAUCCUAUCCACAUCAAAUUUCAGCCAAUAACCCGAGCAUCCCAACCUUGGCUCUUUCACUAGAGUACAAUAAAUAUAUCAACUUGAUUAAUGGAGUAAUGGGGCUCGCAAAACGCAGGAGGCAUUUGAAGCCAAAAGGAGGCUGUAGCGGCACAUUUGCAAAUGCGAGCUGCAUUCCAAGUGAACGCAAGGCACUUCUCAAGUUCCGGGGAGAAGACUGCUGUACCUGGAAAGGAGUGGUUUGCAGCAGGACUAGUGGUUAUGUUGUCAAGCUUGAUCUUCGAAAUCAGUUUCAUCUAGAUGAGCUAGACAUUCUCUAUUUUGAUGACUAUUCUGGAAAUUAUAGCAGCGCUUUCUUGAAAGGUGAUAUAAAUCCUUCUCUUCUUGACUUGAAGCAUUUGGAAUUUCUGGACCUGAGCAUGAACGAUUUCUCUUCGAGCUCCGGAAUUCCAGGUAUCUUGCUCUUGGCACUUCUUCAGCUUUCGAUGCUCCUUAAAAUACCUGGACAGCUGGACUUGUCUGGUGCGAAGCUUCCGAAGGACAACAGUUGGUUGCAUUCCUUAAAUAUGCUUCCUUCUCUUCUAGAAUUACACUUAUCCCGUUGUCAGCUUCCAAGCAUUCCUCAAUUUCUGAAAGUUAAUUUCACGUCUCUUGAAUUGAUUGAUCUCAGUCAGAAUGGCUUUGGUUCUCCAAUUCCUCGUUGGUUGUUUAACUUCAGCAACAUUCAACAUCUUGAUCUUAGUAAAAAUGCUUUUAAUGGCUCCAUUCCUAGCGAGAUUAGCAGUUGUAAAUUCCUUGAAGUGCUUGACCUACAUGAGAACAAUCUUGAGGGUGAAAUACAAAAUACGCUGACAAAUCUGUGUAGCCCAUCUGGAUGCAUUCAUAAUAGUUUGAAGAUGUUGAAUCUUGGAUCAAAUACGCUCACUGGCUAUUUUCCAGUUCAACUUGCCCAGUUUAAGCAUAUAGAAUACCUUAAUCUCGAAUCAAACUCAUUUCAAGGUCCGAUCCCAGUUAAUUCUCUUUCUGGUCCAAUUCCUGAAGCCAUUGGCCAUAUGUGGCCCAAAUUACAUAAACUACACCUCUCCGGCAACCAGCUGAAUGGAAGUAUUCCACUUUCCAUAUGCAAGAUGAAGGAUUUGGAUACUCUUGAUCUGUCCGAAAAUCAGCUAUCUGGGAGACUUCCUCGGUGUUGGGGGCAGUUGACUAGUCUAGAGGUGAUAGAUCUUUCAAAUAACAAUCUGAGUGGCCGUAUUCCUACUUCUUUGGGUUCUGUAGAAUUUCUCGCUUCUUUACAUUUGCAGAGAAACAGUUUUGAAGGAAAACUCCCCGCAUCAUUGACGAAGCCAAAAUACUUGAAAACUCUCGAUCUGGGCAAGAAUGCAUUUACUGGCUCUAUUCCUUCAUGGAUAGGUGAAAAGUUUUCUCUGGAAUUACUAAGCAUUCAUUCUAACGAGUUUGAUGGCGAGGUUCCUCUGGAGCUUUGCCACCUUUCUCAACUUCGAGUGCUGAACUUGGCGCGAAAUAGGAUUGUUGGAACUCUUCCUCGUUGUUUCAGCAACUUUUCUGCUAUGAUUGGAGAGGCAUUGGCACGUGAACCCUGGUUAUACGCAGGAGCUUAUGACGAGAACGCUUUGGUUGGGUGA